AGUACGGUUCCGUCUCGUGAACGUCGUGAUUGUUCAUUCGCUGUCAACGCGUCAGGUCCAUUUAGACUCACCUGCACUUGUUCAACAUGUGAGCCCCGAAGCCAGUAAAGCUCAGUGACUGCCUGAAGCAGUGAGCCACCCGCAGCACAUCUGCAUAUCCAAGCCUCGUUGCCCGCCGCAGCACUUCCUUCCACCCGCUAGUUCCGAGUACUUCGACAUCCCCACGAUUGCCUAAUCGCGAACACACAACACGAACGCACAACAUGGCUUCACACGAGCGAGGGAGAAGCGUGGGUAGUCGCAAAUUAACGAAGAAGCGCAGAGAGUCGAGGAAGGAGCCGCGCAGGAUGUCGCUGGAUAUUCCCGAGCGCUUCAUGGACGGGGAGGAUGCGCAGGACGAUGUCACGGCGCCAAAGCGGAACAACACCAUGUCGAUGAAUCAGUCUAUAUUCUCCAUGAUUGCUCGAGCCGGUCAGCAGUCCCAGACAGAUCUUGGGACUAUGCAGGAGGUGGAUUCGGGCGAUAGCGAAGAUGAGGGCAAGAGAAAGACACCAUUCCACAGCCUGGACGGCGCUGCAAGAAUAAGUCGCCUGAGCUCGGCGAACGACUUCCAGAACGCACCAGACGAGUCGCGGGACAGCAAGGUGGAUAAGGACAAGCACAAGAGGACAACAUCGGAGAACAGGCUGCUGCGGUCACUGCCCAAGUUGAAGAUGUCGAGCAGGAAGGAUGGAAGGUCGGAAGCGCAGCCCACAGACUUGAUGUCAUCCUCCCAGUUCCUGCCGCCUCGACCGUCUGAGAAAGCGUCACCUGCGAUACCCACAAGUGAACAGCCCUCAAAAGGCAGUGCAAAGACAGCCCCCGGAAAAGACGUACACGUCGAAAAAGCAAAAGCCUCUAGUCGGGGGAGUAGAAACGGGAGCUCGGCUGGUGUGGCUAAGAGCAAGGCGCCAGUCACUCUUUCCAGUAGGAUACAGCAGAUAUUCGAGUUUGACGAGGUCGAAGAGGUCAUUUCAGAAUAUCCCUGCUGGCUGCUCCAGAGUAUCCUGCUGCAGGGGUACAUGUACAUCACCCAGAAGCACAUAUGCUUCUAUGCGUAUAUACCCAAGAAACAUCACGACGUCAGUAAGACUGGUUACCUCUUCAAGCGAGGUCGAUCCAAGUACAACAGAUACUGGUUCAUUCUCCGAGGCGACGUCUUGUCAUACUAUACAAACCCAGCAGAGCUCUACUUUCCGCGAAACCGUAUCAACCUGCAAUACGCCAUUUCGGCCGAGGUUCUCGAGGCUAAGAAAAAGGGUGACGACGAGACCACAUUCAUCGUUACCACCGACGAAAGGACACUACAGUUCAAGGCUGAUAGUGCGGUGAGUGCAAAAGAAUGGGUGAGGUCCAUUCAGAAGGUCAUCUUUCGUACGCACAAUGAGGGCAACAGCGUCAAGAUCUCGUUGCCAAUCCAGAACGUCCUCGAAAUCGAGGAGAGCUCGAUACUAGAUUUCGCGGAUACGGUCAAGGUGCGCGUGAUUGACAAUGAUGAGACAUUUGCUAUUGAUGAGUACUUCUUCUCGUUCUUCACCAAUGGCCAAGACGCACUUAACGUUUUGCGCAUUAUGAUCAACGACAAUGAACAUCACCAAGGAAACGACCAUACUACGACCACUUCUACCCCUCUACGUACACCAAAUUAUCGUGACGAUACGACACCGGGUAGUCCGAGCAACGCGCCUCAUAUCAAAGAGAACGUUCGAGCCACCCUUUCACCCCUUCCUGGCCCACGUGCUGGCAGGCCUAGCAUAGGUGACGUAUCUGCGCGAUCUAGUACCGAUGUCAACCGGAAGAGCUGGGACGUGCGACGCAGCACGGAAGCCAACCGCACCUCCCGUCGCCCAAGCCACGAGGUACGGCGCAGUUUUAGUGGUCAGUAUGAUAGGCGAGCGAGAAGCCCAAGAGAUCAAUCACCACUAUCGCCACGGGCUACCGAUUCGGAGUCUGCCACUCUUUCCCUCGAACCUGGUACCGAGUCUUCGGCUGCAGUGCAAUCCAUGGAUGAGAGCGGGGCAUCCGCAUCACAAAUUCUCGACCGUUCUGAUUUAUUUCGUGCGCCCGCACUUGACUCCCCUACGCCCGCUUCGGGCAGAAUAGAUCCUGCUAGAAAUUCACAGGAUACCACACGCUCUUCUGGAGUGGGAAAACCGCAGAUAAAACCUGCAUCACGACCUGCAAAACGGCCCAACAACGCCCCACCGCUAGUGGGUGCGCAUGACACAGAUGAGGACACAGAUACUCAAUCAGGACAACCACCAUUAUCGGGCUCCUCGUCUGCUCUCCAGGACAUUGCAUCGUAUCCACUGCAGAAAGCCUCCGGCUUAGCAGGGUUCCUUCGAAACAGGUCGAAAAAGAUGGGCAGUUUGCUCGCGACUGAAUCAAUGGGAUACUAUGAGAAGGUGUCCGGAAUGCUGGUGGGCGGCCGGAAGCACUAUAACACCGCAGAAGGCCUCGAGCCUAACGAUCAGAUACACGGCUUUGAAGACGACGAGGAUGCAGUGAAGGCGGCAGAGAACUUUAGGGAACACUUUGCCUUCCCUGAGACAGAAAUACUCCAGUCGUCAUUCUUUGCAUCGCUUCAGCGAGUGUUGCCUAACUACGGGAAGAUUUACAUCAGCUCGAGGUAUUUUUGCUUCCGUAGCUUGAUGCCUACUUCAAAGACGAAGCUCAUCCUGCCCAUGAGAGACAUCGAAAACGUCAAUAAGGAGAAGGGAUUUCGACUUGGAUAUCAUGGACUUGCGAUUGUGAUCAGGGGGCAUGAAGAACUCUUUUUCGAGUUUUCGAAGGCUGAAUAUCGCGACGAGUGCGCCAUCACGGUGCUACGUAUCUUGGAGAACACCAAAUAUCUUGAAGAAGAUGACGAGUCUUCUGGAGUCGAUAGCGAAGACGAAGCAGCCAAAGCAGAACACGACCUUCUACAACAGGCGCGACAAGACACCGAUGCUGGGAAGCAGGUCAAUGUGCCGGAUGUUAUGCGCGCUGCAGAGCACGAUCGGAUCCCACUAAUCUUCGACGACCCACUCGCCUCUUUCGUCGACUUCAAACCGUCGGAGCCGCUGACGAUCGUUUGCCUGACUAUUGGGUCGCGAGGUGAUGUUCAACCCUACAUCGCGCUGUGUAAGGAGCUCUUGAAGGAAGGUCACAAGCCACGAAUUGCUACGCAUGCUGAGUUCGAGCCGUGGGUGCGGAAGCAUGGUAUUGACUUCAGACCUGUUGGCGGUGAUCCCGCAGAGCUCAUGCGAAUCUGUGUCGAGCACGGCAUGUUUACCUAUGGCUUCAUGAAAGAGGCCAAUGCCAAAUUCCGCGGUUGGCUUGACGAAGUAUGCAGCUCUUCGUGGAGGGCGUGUCAGGGCGCCGAUGUUCUGAUCGAAAGUCCCAGCACGAUGGCUGGUAUUCACAUUGCAGAAGCCUUGGAAAUUCCUUACUUCCGCGCCUUUACGAUGCCUUGGACUCGCACUCGAGCCUAUCCCCAUGCGUUCUCGGUCUUGGAGAACAAGAUGGGCGGUGGGUACAAUAGUAUCACGUACAUCACUUUCGACGCCAUCUUCUGGACAGCCAUCUCGGGCCAGGUCAACAAGUGGCGCCGCAGAGAAUUGGGGUUGUCGAAUACGUCUCAAGCCAAGAUGCAGGCAAAUCUUCGACCGUUUCUGUACAACUUCAGCCCCCAUGUGGUCCCUCCACCACUUGACUGGCCCGAUUGGGUCCGUGUUACGGGAUACUGGUUUCUGGAUGAGGCCGAUAUGUAUGAACCACCUCCAGACCUGAAAGCGUUCAUCGAGCAGGCACGCAAGGAUAACAAGAAGUUGGUUUACGUUGGCUUCGGCUCCAUUGUCAUCGAUGACCCCGCCGCUCUCACAAAGACGGUCGUCGACUCGGUAUUGAAGGCAGAUGUACGCUGUGUGCUGUCCAAGGGCUGGUCCGAUCGCUUGGAGACCAAGGACGCUUCGAAGCCCGAGAUGCCUCUGCCAGCAGAGAUCUUCCAGAUUCAGUCGGCACCCCAUGACUGGCUGUUCAAGCAGAUGGACGCAGCGGUCCACCAUGGUGGAUCUGGUACGACUGGAGCAAGCCUUCGGGCUGGUAUCCCUACCAUCAUCAAGCCCUUCUUUGGUGACCAGUACUUCUUCGCUCAGCGCGUCGAGGACUUGGGUGUUGGUAUCUGGCUGAAGAAGGUCAACACGAGUGUGUUCAGCCGAGCGUUGUGGGAAGCGACGAACAGCGAGCGUAUGAUUAUCAAGGCGAAGGUCUUGGGGCAGAGGAUCCGCAAGGACAAGGGCACACAGGUAGCCAUCCAGACAAUAUAUCGCGAGCUCGAUCGUGCUCGCUCGCUCAUCAAGAAACACGUCAAGCAGGAUGACGACAACACGGAUGAAUUCGAGGAUGAGUGGACGAUAGUCGAGGAGGGUGAGGAGGUCGACGUAUCUCACCCCUUUGAGCUGCAGCAGGCGGUGAUGGGUCUGAAUCAGGAUGAAUCACGAACGGGUCGAGGCGCUUCGGUGUUGGGGAACAUGGUGUCGAGAGGCGGGCAGAAGCGCAACUCCGAGUCAACGCAGCGAGGCUGAGUAUAUUUUUGUUUUCCAUUUGGGGGGUUCAAGCACAAUUUGCGAGGCGUAUAAGUGGUUUUGGAAUAGAUACGAGCGCACAAGAUUUGAUAACGACGGAUUUGAGCGGUUUUCAUAGACACGUAGCGUGAAGCGUUGUGGAGUGACUGUCUUGGGUAUGCA